CGUGUGGUGGUUUGUUAUGUGUCAGUCAGGGAAUGUCAGUUAGGAGGCGUCUUGGUGCGCUGUGCCUGUCGGCUGCCACACGGGAAGAACAGCAGGUUGGCAAACGGAUGCACACCCAAAUACGCCGCCGCACCAUCCGCCCCCAAACCCCCAUCGCCAGCAGCAACGGUCCGAGCGACCGGUGAGUUGCCGCAUGAGCCGUCGCUGCCGUUGCCGUCCACCGUGGUGGUGGUCGAGGUGGACGCCGGCGUCCCGGGGGAUGACUCACCGCCGCACGCCCUUCUACUAAGGUCGUCAGUGGUGGUGUCGCCCUUCUGAGGGAGGGGGAUGAAGGCCGGCGGGGGUGUGGUCGGCACCAUCAGACACACAUCGCUGCUGCCGCUCCACACACACACACACACACACACACAGAGAGAGAGAGAGAGGGAGAGAGGGAGGCACUGCAUUUUCACGUGGGUGUCUAUGCUAUGUUGGUGUGUGCUGGUGUGGUGGGUACCUUGCUAGUGUGGAGAGGGCCUUUGGUGAGAGGUUGGUUUUGGCUGCGAGUUUGAUGAAGAUGAGGCACUGGCAGUACUCCUCGGUCGUGACGCGCAGGCGGAAGUCGGUGUACCGGAGGAACACACGCUCCAGGAUGUUGAGCUCCACCAAAGAUAUGCCUGGCCACAGACAGACAGGAGGCAAAAUAAAUAAGACACCAGAACAAACAGGGGAAGGGAGACCAAUCUGUGUGUCAAGCCCGACCGCACCUCCAAUUUUAGACCAGUAGAGGUUGUCGAAGAAUUUGUCGUAGUAGGCCUUUCACAAGUCAGAAGGUGAGACAAGAAGCAGCCGUGAGACACACUAUAUAUGCUGUCUGUCAUUCAUGGUGGGGGGACGGCAUGGCAUGUACCUUGGUGGUGGUGAGUGCGGCCGUGAGGAAGAGCCUGUGUCCGUUGACCAGCGUGAGGGCGAUCUUGGGGUACUUGAGCAACACACGAGAUAUCAACACGAACAUCACUAUGCAACCAUGAGUACCCAAAUACCUGAAGAACACAAUGCGCAUCAGCCCACCGAACACACACAGAAGACAGAACACAUACAUACAUGGCCGCUGAGUUCGUGUGAGCGUGCGUGUGUCCACCUCACCCAUAAGUCAGAAUGCGCUUGAGAUACUCCGAGAGCGUGAUGGACGGAGCCGUGGACGAGUCGAACACGGUGCUAAGCUGGCUGUGGUGGGGCGAGGUCUCGAUCUUCUUGACCACCGAGAGCACCUCCUCCUCCUCCAACUUCAGGAAGCUGUCCAUCUCAGCAUCAUGAAGCCGCUCGCACCCCUUCACCACCAGACCCACAUCUACCUCCGCCAAACCGCCGACAUCGUCCAACAGACACCCGUCCACAUCAGCAUCAUGCGGCCCCUCCAGGCUAUCCUGCGAAGACCCUCCCACCCCCCUCUCAACAACACCCUCGCUCAGCGACGACAGCGUCGUGGCCGUCUGGGGACUCCCGCCGCUGUCACUGUCCCGCGCCUUCCCAUGUUGGUGGUGUUGGUGGUGGUGCGAUGGCCGGGCGGCAUGCACAUUGCCGAUGGGCCGGGGGAUGGACACGGGGAUGGGCGGGCGGAUGAUGGGCGGGAAGAACCCUGGACGAGUGGUCGAAUGAGGGUGGCCAUGUACGUGGGGGGGGAAAGCGACGGGCACCACAGUGACAGUGGGCUGGGGCGCUGUGGCCUCGGGCGACUCACUUCUCGGCGAGGUGGCGAUCAUGGUCAAGAGAAUCAGCUCAGCAACAAGUUACUUGAACAGGAGUGGGAAGGAAAGCACAGACAGAAACGCAUGUGAAGCGCUGCUUAUGAAGAAGCAGCAAGGAAGGAAGCAGCGCUUAUGACUUGGGCUACAUGUAGGCUUCAACGCGCGAGCAUCAUCAUG